UGAUGCAGUAUUGAAAGAUGAUGAAAAUGAGAAAGCAUUAGGGGAGAGAAUAGAUAACAAAGAUGUAAAAAAACGGAAAAUAAAAAAGACUGAUACGAAUUCAGGAGUUGAUGGAGGUAAAAAAGCUUCAGGGAGCAAUGUGACUUCAAGAAAGUAUAAUUUGAGAUCAAGUAAUUUAAUAGACAAUAAAUGCGAGGAUGAGUCAAAGAGUGACAUU